UUACUGCCGUUGUAGAUAACCAUAAUGUCACAAUGUUAUUAGCACCACUAAAAAUUCAAAGGAUGUUCAGAUGCCAAAUCAGGUGCCAAGGUAGUGUAUUAGGUGCAGGUUUGCAGCUACACUUCUCCAGGGGUAGGACUUACAGCUCCAAGGCUCCCAGGAACAUUCUGACUCUUCAUGACAGAGGCAUCUUUCAGACUAUCUACCCCAGUGGCAGUACCCCCGAGCUGGUCCAGAGGUUAUCCAAACAAAUGACUGUGUACUGUGGUUUUGACCCUACAGCAGAAAGUCUACACAUUGGUAACCUUCUGGCAAUUAUAGCACUACUUCACUGUCAGCGUGGAGGACACAGACCUAUAGGACUACUAGGGGGCGCCACUGCCAUGGUUGGGGAUCCAAGUGGUAAAACUAAAGACAGGAAGCCGAUGAAUGUUGCUGAGGUUGAGAGAAAUAUGGAGUCAAUAGGAGAAAGUCUGCAGAGAAUAUUUGAUAAUCACAGGGAAUUUGUAUGGAAAGAGGAUAAAGAGUUAUCUCCCUUAAAAAUUUUAAACAAUGCUGACUGGUACCGUGAUAUAAAUAUCGUUAGUUUCCUUUCCACCAUUGGACGUCAAUUUCGACUUGGUCCAAUGUUGUCUCGUCAGAGUGUUUCAGAGAGAAUGAAAUCACCACAAGGGAUGAGUUUUACAGAGUUCAGCUAUCAAAUCCUCCAGUCUUAUGAUUGGUUACACCUCUGUCGCCAUCACAACUGUGCAAUACAGAUCGGAGGGAAUGAUCAAAUUGGAAAUAUUACAUCUGGCUUUGAGCUCCUUUGUGCGGAAACGAAUGAACGUGUUUGGGGUUUGACUAUUCCAUUGAUAACAACAGCUGGGGGGGAGAAGAUUGGAAAGACAGCUGGAAACGCUGUGUGGCUUAACCCAAAUUUAACUUCUCCGUUUGAAUUCUAUCAAUAUUUUAUGAAACGGAAUGACGACGAGAUAGAGAAGUAUCUAAAGCUGUACACGUUUCUAUCGGAGGAUCAGAUCACCAAGGCUGUGAACAAACAUUACGCAAGUCUUGGUAUGAGAUAUGGACAGAAGUUGCUGGCAGAAGAAGUCACACGUUUGGUCCAUGGUGAGGUGGGCCUGGAGCAGGCAGAGAGAUGGACAUCUGCCUUUUAUCACGGAACAACAGACAGUUUGACUGCCCUGAGUUUGGAGGAGAUGCAACAACUGUUUAAAAACGUUGUUACAAUACCAUUGCUACUUGACCCUGGUUUGACUGUGAGGGAUAUGUGUCUGAAGGCCAAAAUAUUUGAUAGAGAAGCUGAUGCUGAUCGAAUUAUCAGUGAGGGUGGAUUGUACAUAAACCAUUGCAGGACAUAUACCCCUGAUCUCAUCUUAUUACCACGGCAACACAUACUAUCGAAUGACAUCACACUGGUCAGACUUGGGAAGAAGAAACAUUUCAUCAUCAGAUGGCAAAGUCUGUGAUGUUUAUCAAGGACAUCAGUCACAUCAUCAGAUGGCAAAGUCUGUGAUGUUUAUCAAGGACAUCAGUCACAUCAUCAGAUGGCAAAGUCUGUGCAGUUUAUCAAGGACAUCAGUCACAUCAUCAGAGGUCAGUCUGUGAUGUUUAUCAAGGACAUCAGUCACAUCAUCAGAGGUCAGUCUGUGAAGUUUAUCAAGGACAUCAGUCACAUCAUCAGAGGUCAGUCUGUGAUGUUUAUCAAGGACAUCAGUCACAACAUUAGAUGGCAAAGUCUGUGAUGUUUAUCAAGGACAUCAGUCACAUCAUCAGAUGUCAGUCUGUGAUGUUUAUCAAGGACAUCAGUCACAACAUUAGAUGGCAAAGUCUGUGAUGUUUAUCAAGGACAUCAGUCACAUCAUUAGAUGUCAGUCUGUGAUGUUUAUCAAGGACAUCAGUCACAUCAUCAGAGGUCAGUCUGUGAUGUUUAUCAAGGACAUCAGUCACAUCAUCAGAGGUCAGUCUGUGAAGUUUAUCAAGGACAUCAGUCACAUCAUUAGAUGUCAGUCUGUGAUGUUUAUCAAGGACAUCAGUCACAUCAUCAGAUGGCAAAGUCUGUGCAGUUUAUCAAGGA